AUGGAUGUUGUUAUAAAGGUUAAUAACCAAUCGAACGGACGAGACAAAUUAGCAAGGCUUAUACAAUAUACCAGUCGCUUAGUUUGGCAUCAAUUGGAAAUAAGACAUGCUAAUAAAUACUCUGUUGAUAGAAUAAAAAAUUUAGAACUUACUCUAAGUUCAUUCAGAAAAAUCUUAAGACUUGGAAGAUGCAUAGAUACUUGUUACAAUGCCUUAAAUAGUAUGCAUAUUGAAGACCCAAUAUUGCGAUUGACUCUGACUAUCAGCAAAUUGGCAAAUGGGUUAUUCCUGUAUGCAGAUCACAUCGUGUGGCUCACGAAAAGCGGCUUCCUCAAGACUGACUCAGAUAAAUGGAACCGAACUGCAAAUAAAUUCUGGCUUUUGUCAAUAAUCGCAAAUCUGGCUAGAGAUUUGUAUGAAAUACUUCAUUUAUUGGAAUUGCAUAAAUCAAGAUUCUUAAAACCAUCAGAACUGUUGAACACGUCAAUAAGAAAUUAUGAUUGGACUGGUGGCAUAAAAUAUCUGUACAUGUUUAUGUCAUGUCACAAUGACGUUUUUAUUGACACAUUAAAGAACUCGUGUGACAUAUUUAUUCCACUUACUGCCCUAGGAUUAACGAAAUUAAGUCCUAGUACAGUUGGGGCUUUAGGAGCUGUGUCUUCUAUAGCCGCCUUAGUAACUGUUGUAAAGCCUAUCACCAAAUUGAUUCCUGCUUAA